UGGGCGGGGCUUGUGUUUGAGGCCCAGGCGAGCGGAGCGCGGACGACGAGAAAGUGCGUGGCGAACGGAGCGGGCGGAGAAACUACUCGAGAGCCGGGGCUCGGGCACCCGGAGGCCGUGACCGGCGGUGGCGGCGGGGAGAGCGGCAGUUGCUGGCCUCUCUAAUCUGGCAAGAUGUUCAAUAAGUCGCAGUUUGGCACUCCCACCUUCGGCAACACGAGUGGAUUUACCACAUCAGCGUUUGGGCAAAACACUGCUACUCCUGGAUUUGGUGGGUUUGGUACAGCAGCGGCUGGCUUUGGCACAGCCACCAACUCUGGCGGUGGACUCUUUGGAAGCACUCAAAAUAAACCAGGAGGGCUGUUUGGGUCCAGUAGCUUUGGGCAGCCGGCGACUUCUUCCACCAAUGCGGGCUUUGGUUUUGGAACAUCAACAUCCAGCAGUCUCUUUGGGGGCACGAGCACUGGAGGCCUCUUCUCUAACCAGCAGAGCAAUGCCUUCACACAAAGCAAGCCUGCUGGAGGCUUCGGAAACUUCGGAACCAGCACCACAGGAGGAGGACUGUUUGGGACUACAAGCACAGCCUCUAAUCCCUUUGGUGGUACGUCAGGGAGCCUGUUUGGUGGGACCACCUUCAGCACCACUGCCCCUACAGGAACAACUGUCAAAUUCAAUGCUCCGACAGGUACAGACACAAUGGUGAAGUCUGGCGUCAGCACCAACAUCAGCACCAAGCAUCAGUGUAUCACAGCCAUGAAGGAGUAUGAGACCAAGUCACUGGAGGAGUUACGGCUGGAGGAUUAUACAGCCGGCCGGAAAGGACCACAAGCCCCGCUGGGGGGUGGGGGUGGGCUGUUCGGUACAUCCACUGCUACCUCCAGCGCUGGCACUGGGCUGUUCGGAGCCACGCCGGCCAACCCCACUGGAGGAUUCAACUUCGGGCAGAACAAAACCAGCUUUGGAGCAAACACUGGGCUCCUUUCGAAAGUGGGUUUGCUGGGAGCAGGCUGUGGGUCCAGUCUUCAGAAAACAGGUACUGGUUCUUUUGGCACGUCCACUGGAGGCCUCUUCGGACAGGCACAGCCCACUGGCAGCCUCUUUGGAACCAAGCCCUUUGGACUGGCCACCACCACACAGAGCACUGGCUUUGGCUUUGGCACUGCCAACACACUGGGGCAGCCCAACACCAGCAGCAUGAGUUUGUUUGGAACUACACAAGUCUCUCAGUCGGGAGGGAUUUUUGGAACCAACACUAACACCAGCACUGGGACUGCAUUUGGUGCUGGAGGCGGCCUGUUCGGCAAUUCCAAUGCUGCAUUCACCAACGUCAACAACACCCUGUUUGCUAACAAGCCAGCGGGAUUCGGCACUGCGACCACAACGGCAUCCACCUUUGGCACUGCCGGUGCCGGGCUGUUUGGCACCAAGCCAAAUCUGACCAUCGGAGCUGGUGCCAAUACGUCAAACUUUGGAUUUGGAACCAAUGCAGUGACAGGAGGAUUGUUUGGGAGUAAACCUGCAGCUGGAGCCCUUGGAUCCACGCUUGGGGCUGGAUUUGGAUCAGCGCUUGGAGCAGGGCAGACUUCCUUGUUUGGCAGCACUCAGCCCAAGCUGGGCACCACUCUCGGAGCAGGGGCAUUUGGAACAGGAGCGUUUAAUACUGCCAAUGCCGGUGUGGGAUUUGGGGCACCUCAAGCAGCUGUCUGUCUGACUGAUCCGAAUGCCUCUGCCACACAGCAGGCAGUGUUGCAGCAGCAGCUCAAUGCUCUGGCCUACACUCCCUUUGGAGACUCCCCACUCUUCAGGAACCCUAUGGUUGAUCCCAAAAAGAAAGAGGAGCGAUUGAAACCCACUAACCCAGCUGCCCAGAAAGCUCUGACCACACCCACUCACUACAAGCUGACGCCUCGUCCCGCUACCAGAGUGAGGCCAAAGGCCCUUCAGGCUACAGGAUCCACCAAGUCCCAGCUCUUCGAUGGACUGGACGACGAUGAGCCCACAUCCCUGUCCAAUGGCACCUUCCUGCCCAGGAAAAGCAUCAAAAAGCUGGUGCUGAAGAGCUCAAACACCUCGUCACUGUACUCGCCAGUACUCAGCAAGGAGCCCAAUGAUUUGGCCUCGCCUUCGGAGUAUCCAGAGAAUGGGGUGAAUGAACAACAAAGCCGGCUGGAGAGAGAGGAUGAUGACCACCCGGAGGUGAAUAAAUGCUACACGAACACCAUCGUUAAGCCGAUCCCACAGACACCUGAGGGCCUGGGCAGCAACAAGCACCAGCUCUCCACCAUGGAUGACACCAUCGCAGAGAUGAACCUGAGGAACAACCUGCGGAACGGCACGAUGGAGGGGAGCAGUGAGGGAACCUCCUGCAUCGAGGGAUCCCUGCAGGAAGAGCAGGAGCCAGAGGUGGAUGACAUCUUGCCGCCUCAUCCAGCAGGCAUUAUCCUGACCAAAGUUGGCUAUUACACCAUCCCUUCCAUGGAGGAACUGGCCCAGCAACUGACCAAUGAGAAUGGCGAGUGCAUUGUGGAGAACUUCACCAUUGGACGCAAAGGUUACGGUUCGGUGUACUUCCCCGGGGUGGUGAAUCUGACCAACAUGGACCUCGAUGAGAUCGUGCACAUACGCAGAAAAGAGGUGACCGUGUACCUGGAUGAUGACAAAAGGCCUCCUGUGGGGGAGGGACUCAACAGACGUGCUGAAGUAACCUUGGACGGGAUUUGGCCAACUGACAAAAGCACGCGCUGCCUGAUCAAGUCCCCGGAGCGCCUGAUGGAAAUGGGCUUUGAGGAGAGGCUGGAGAACUCCUCACGGAAGCAAGGUGCCCGCUUCUUGGAGUACAGAUGUGAGACAGGCUCCUGGGUCUUUGAGGUGAUGCACUUCUCCAAGUACGGGCUGCAGGAUUCUGACGAGGAGGAGAUUGAGCCCUCGAAGGCAGAGACCAAGAAGAUGAAAACUGCGGCUCUUCCAGGCAAACAACUGGAGCAGAUCUGCAGACCCGCCCUGAUCCGACAGAGCCCCUUGAUGCAACAGAUCGGGAGAGUGACUGAGCUUGACAGUGACAUGGCUGACAUCACCCAGGAGCCCAUUCCUGACGGUUUCCUGGAUGAGGACAUCUCAGAGGAACAGGAACAAGUGUCUGCUUCCAGCAACAUUGCAUCCAGUUUGGGUGUUGACCCCCACACUCUCCAGGUGAUGAAAGUUUCUCUGUUCAGUGAAGAUGAGGAACUGGAUGGGGUGCUGGACCCACGCUUCACUCAGCAGAUAGUCAAAGAGGACUGCAUAAGGCAGAUCUUCCCCACGCAGGGACAGAGGUCAAAGAGCUUGGGUGGCAGGUUGCUGAACUCCAACUUCAGGAAGAUGUUGUCGCCCGUCAGCAGGCAGCAGGAGGUGAAAAGUUCCUGGUCUUCGGCCGAGGUGGAGGCUCUUCGCUCACCAUUGCUUCACUCCUGGCCGGUGGCAGGGCAGCUGCCCUCCAACUUUGCCACACCCGGCCAGCAGCCAGACGUCCAGCUGAAGACAGUGGGUGUUCGGCGACACCAGAGGCUGGUGCCAAUGGAGCAGUCGGUGACCAAGGGCAAGGGGAAGCUGCUGAUGGACAUGGCCCUCUUUGUAGGUCGCUCCUUCCGGGUGGGCUGGGCACCCAACUGUGUUCUUUGUCACAGUGGGAAGCCACUGAUCUCCCCUGUUGCAGACCCAGAUCCUGAUACCUGCAGCCUGGAGUACAACUACUUUCCAAAGCCAAGCAAGAUCAAACCGGCUUCUGAGCUCCCAUUUAAGGUCCACCUCGAGAAAGUGACGCUGAAGGAAGAGCAAGCGAGGCGAGAUGUGUCACUGUACAGCGAGCCCCUGGAGAUAGCGCUACAACACAGCGUUUCGGAGAGCAAGGACCAGUGCCCCCAAAUUGUGCCCCGAAAGGGUGUGGAAGCUCUGCACAAGUAUGCAGACUGGGUCCAGGAGACUGUGGAUAAGUCGGAGGGGGUGGAAGAUGUUGUGAAGAACUGGUCCCUUGCAUGGACACUGUGCGAGGCCAUCUGGGGCAACCUGAAGGAACUGGAUGCCAGCCUUUCCGAGCCAAGCCCAUAUGUUCACCAGCUGGAGCGCAGGAAAGCCUUCUCCCGCUGGCUGUCGCGGACUGCAGAGGGGAAGAUUGAGGAGGAGGUGGCCGUCUCCCACCACAAGAGCCACGUGGAUGCCGUCUUCAGCUACCUGACUGGGAAAAGGAUCAGCGAGGCCUGCAAACUCGCACAGCGUUCAGGGGAUCACAGAAUGGCCCUGCUAGUAGCCCAGGCAGGUGGGGGCCUCCCAGUCAGGGAGCUGCUCAGCAGGCAGCUUGCCGACUGGAACCAGUUGGUGGCCGACUCCUUCAUGCAGGAGGAGAGACUGAAGAUCUUCGCCCUGCUUGCUGGCAGAGCCGUGUGGAAGUCAUCGGAGGGCUACAUCAACAUCUGCUCGCAGCUGGAUUGGAAGCGCUGCCUUGCCAUCCACCUCUGGUACAUGCUGCCUCCCAGUGCCCCCAUCGAUGACGCGCUCAACAUGUACACCGAGGCCUUUCAGGGCAGUGAAGAUGUUGAGAGAUACGCACGCUACCCACUCCCACCUUACAUGGAAGACACAAGUGUGGAUCUUAUUGGAGCUUCUGAGAAUGAAGAUGGCAAUGCCCCUCAUCAGGACAUCUGUUACCAUUUACUGAAGCUCUACAGCAACAGGCACCAUGACCUCCAUCCACUCCUCAAUCCCAGGACAGUGACAUCUGAUCACUUGGAUUUCCGGCUAAGUUGGCACCUAUGGGCAGUGCUGCAAGCUCUGAACUACACUCACCUGUCGGAGAGGCACCAGGCUAUGGUACACACCAGCUACGCUGCUCAGUUAGAAGCAGCUGGCCUGUGGGAGUGGGCGAUCUUCGUGCUGCUACACAUUCCUAAUCCUGAGCAGCGAGUGAAGGCCGUGCGGGAGCAGCUGAACAGGCACUGCACCCUGGAGGAGACGGACCAGCUGAAAGAGAAGGAGCAGUUCCUGCAACACCGGCUCGGCAUCCCGUCGCAGUGGAUCCACAACGCCAAGAGCCUGCGAGCUCACCGCGAUGGUGACAUCCACAAAGAGGCUCUGCACCUGAUCGAGGCCGGGCACUGGAACGAUUGCCACCAGCUGGUGGUUCGGCACCUGGCUUCAGAUGCCAUCAUCAAUGAGAAUUACAGUUACCUGAAGUUCUUCCUGAGCAAGCUGGCCCUGCCCGAGUGCAUCUUCCAGAUCCAGGACUGGGAUACGGCCGGAGCUGUCUUCUAUGAUUACAUCAGAGUCAUGGAAAUGGUGCAGGGACUUGCUGAGGUGGAGAACCCAACCUAUGAGCUGGAGAGGAUCCACUCUGAGGUGAUGUCCCUGUGCAGUCGGAUCGAGCUGAUCGAGUGUCUCACGGCCAAAGACCGCCUGGCUCAGUCUGACAUGGCCAAACAGGUUGCCAACAUGCUGCGCACCGUACUUGGGCUGCAGCACAGUGUGGAGCAGCCUGGAGACCGGGCCCCCAGUUUUCAGCACAUCCCUCUUCGCCUGCUCGCUCCCUGCAUCCGCAAGCUGCCCAUGCCUGAGGACUACGCCCUGGAGGAGCUGCGCAGCCUGACCCGGACCUACCUGCGGGAGCUGAUUGUUGGGCCGUAGCCGUGACUCCUGUCUGCUGGAGGGCGGGGGCAACUCCCAGCCACCUCCGCCUCUCCUCUCCCACCCGGAGCAAACGACGGUCCAUGAGGCUGGACGGAAAUCUUCUGCAAGAUCCUGACCUUCAGUGGCUGCUGUAGAGGAGCCAUUCAAAGACCUUUGCACAGACAGCAAUCUCAAGUCGUGGGAACGGGUGCCAGUUCCCAGUUAUGUGGCACUGAAUGGCUUGGUGGGACUUGUUUUAAAAUGUAGUAACUCUGUUCUAAGCUAAGGACGUUGUGUAGGUGAGCUCUCAGCAGUGAACCCCUCCCUCCAAGGGUGAGUUGCUUAAAACCAGAUUAAAUGAGGCAUGUUAGCAAGGGGUCAGACUGACAAACUUUUUUUUAAGCCGUGUUGUAUGCAGACACUGGAUCUGCCUGUGUUCCUAUCAGUGCAAGGUGCUGCAUAUGUGUGAGCUGUGUGUCGGAAGUCUGCUUGCGGAGAGACCCCACCCCUACAGGAGAUGAGCCCCACAGCCCCGGGCAGGGGAUGGAAGCAUGCUUACAGCUGCAGCAGCUCAGCAAGCAGCUUGGAACAGCUCCCAGAGAAAGGGCCUCUGCAUGUCCACACAGAGAAAUGGGAGACCUGUUGAGUGAGUGAACACGUGCUGAUCUGUUUCUCAGUCAUGUUUCUGUGUCUGCUGGAGUCUGUUGUGCAUUUUCAAAUUCUGCCGUGUUCAACCAGGGCCACUCCUUCCUGAGCUGUUCUCCCUCCCCGCAGUGAAGGGAAAGCAGACUUGACCCUCGCUGGCCCUGGGGAUCCUAGAUGUUUGUUCCUUAGUGCCUCGGACAGCAGAGGCAGUGUCUAGAGAUGGUUGGAAGUUCACAGACUUGAGCCCAUCCCAGUCUGUAUCCCAGGAGGCUUGGCUCCACCCCUGCCCUGUCCCCAGCACUGCCUCCAUGGGGAAGGAGCACUGGUUUGAGGGGUAGCAGACUGAAACCUCCCCCAGCAGUUGCUGUAUGCUGCUGGGAUCUCAACAGCUCGAGGGAGCAGCUUCAGAAAUGGAGCCCUGCCCCAGACCACGGGCAUUCUCCUGAACCAAAGGUAAAGAUGAGAACCUGGGAGGAAGGGAGGUUUGUGGUGUCUGGAUGGGCACUGCAUCAGCUUCCUGCCACUGGGGGCCAAGUGCAGGCAUUUGUAUUGUAAGGUUUAAAGACCAGUUGGUGAUGGUCCCCUGUGGAAGUGGUGUGUGGGCAGGGUCUCUGUGAAAAGUGCUGCUGUUGGUGAGGGCACAGCUGCCACAUUGUAGAUACUGGCUGGGUUUGUAUCGCCGAGGUGGGAGGUCUGGGAGGGAAGCCCCCAGUAAACUGCGGUGCAGAAAGUCAGUGAACGUCUUACUGCAGGUUAACUGGGGGAAUGUUGGACACUAGGGAGCUGGGGGCAGGUGAAGGAGUUAAAUUCCAAAUGCUAGUGGAAUCCGUGGUGCAUCAGCAGAGUUAGUCCUGAAAUCCCUGUGGAUUUGUUCCAUCGCUGGCCCCCUGUGGAAACGUUUUAAACCCUGUGUGGAGUAGGACAAUGCAGGAAGUGAUGCUGUUAAACGUGGACCCAGGGCUGCUGUCUUGAGACUCAGCAGUGUGGCAGCUUCACCGCCAGUCAGGACCUUCACUGCUUCAGGGCUGGGGGAGUGUGGAGGGGAUGCUGGGUCAGCCAGAUGACAGGCAGGGCCACUGGGAUGUUGUUCUCCAGCAGAUGGGUUACUUGGACAGGUCAGUGCACUGACCAACAUGACCAUCCCUGCUCUUGCCUGGUGUGUGGGUCCCAGCUGCACCACCUCCUGUCUGGGCGACUCUCCUGGCUGCCUGGUUUCAAGAAUGUGUAUUAAAGUUUUUAAAAUAAUUGUGAAUAAAUUCUCAGAUUGUUAAGA